GUCAAUAAUCAAUAAUCUAAGCCCGUGAAGAAUGUUUUUAAUCUUUACGAUCUACCUAUUCAGUAUUCGUUCACGCUCAAGUUUUCUAAUAAAGUAUCGAGAAAUAUUUUAACUUUUUAAUAUAUAAUUCUUAUUGAAAUCAACUUGCCUAGUUUGCAUAACCCAAAUUUUACAGUAGUGGAUUUGCCUUAUUGUUUGCCAUAAUGUCUUCUUACGCUGAAAUGAGCCUAGAUGAUAUUAUACAGAAGAAACGAAUAAAAACAAGGAAACCACUGCAUAGGAAUCAGUUAGCAACCCAAAAACCAAACAUAGUGGAUGCGAGAAAUAAAAUAAUAUCGAUGAAGAGAACUCAAAUAAGAGACGCGAGGGAAAUUUUGUCUGAUCUGGCAAAACAGAAGGAUGCCAGAAUAAAACUACAACAGAUGAGAUCAGUAAGGGGAACUGCUAAAAGUCCAAUACCUCGGGUCAUAAAAAAUAAAAAACUGCCAAAUCUUUUCAUGAAUAGAGAUAGAGUUUUUUCAGAUUUAACAAGACAGGUUGUAUCUCAACCCCUCCAGAGUAGAAGUUAUUCAGAAGACUAUCGUGUAAUUAGGCCGACAGCACACAGACCAUUAUCCAAUUUCGCACCUAAACCUAUUGUAAGAACAAUUUCAAAUGACCUGGAAAUUAUUGAUGAUCCAAUGACUGGACCAGAAGAGCACCGCAGCCCUAAAUUGCCAAACCGAAAAGCAAGCCUUCAGCUAAAAAUAACAGCACAUAACAAUAAUCAAAGAACUGCCAUCACAGCAAGAGACAAGAGCCCACCUAGACCACCGUCAAUACUAAAAAAGAGAUCCAUGGCGGCUCUAAGAAUGGAUCAAAAAGAGGAAUGUACUAACAAAUCUGCACCUGAGUACCGCAUAAUUGUUAGCAAUCUAGGAAAUACAGUAUCCGGUGCAGAUAUUAAGGAAUUGUUUGGUGAUGUUGGCGGUAUGGUCGAAUCUCGUUUGGUUCGACCUGGAACAGCUGAAGUAUUGUACAAAAGUGUUGAGGACGCACAGAGAGCUGUGGAUUUAUACCACAACCGACAACUAGAUGGACAACCAAUGAACUGUCUCCUGGUUACACCCCGGACACCUGGUAAUAUAAUAAGAAACAACUUGAAACCCGCCUUGGUCAGUAGCAACUCGAACGUCGAACCGGAUAUAUCUACGUUCCAUAAGGUGCUUUUUAGUAAUUUUUAAGAGUUCUGUGUACUUGAAAUUAUUGUUCUUGUGGUCGUUCUUGCUUUUAUUACUUUGUAACAAUAGAUUUACAAGUCUGUAUUGGUCUUUUAAAGAAAUAAUAAAAGUUGUGUAAUCUUCAUGAAUUUCUUAAUAAGCUUAAGACUAAUUAUCAUGUUUGAGUAAAAUUUGAAUUAGUAAAGUAACUGAAAUAUGA